GGGGGGGCGGGCCCGAGGGUAUAAAAGGAGGCGGCGGCGGCGGCGCCUCAUUCGACGCCCGCGUCGCGCCGGGGUCGGGGUCGCCGCCGUUUUUCACCCAGUUUUGCCCGUUCCAGCCGUUUCUCCCAGCCUUCGUCCUCGCCGCCCUCCUCCUCCUCCUCCUCCUCGCCGCCGCCAUGGCCGAGCUCACGGUCGGCAUCAACGGGUUCGGGCGCAUCGGGCGCCUGGUGCUGCGCGCCUGCCUGCAGAAGGGCCUCAAGGUCGUGGCCAUCAACGACCCCUUCAUCGACCUCAACUACAUGGUGUACAUGUUCAAGUACGACUCGACGCACGGGCGCUUCGAGGGGCAGGUGAGGGCCGAGGGCGGGAAGCUGGUGGUGGACGGCAGCGAGAUCGCCGUCUUCCAGUGCAUGAAGCCCAGCGAGAUCCCGUGGGGCGACGCCGGGGCCCUCUACGUGGUGGAGUCCACCGGGGUCUUCCUCUCCGUCGACAAGGCCUCGGCCCACCUGCAGGGCGGCGCCAAGCGGGUGGUGGUGACGGCCCCCUCCCCCGACGCCCCCAUGUUCGUCAUGGGCGUUAACGAGGACAAGUACGACCCCGCCUCCAUGACCGUCGUCAGCAACGCCUCCUGCACCACCAACUGCCUGGCGCCGCUGGCCAAGGUCAUCCACGACAACUUCGGCAUCGUCGAGGGGCUCAUGACCACCGUGCACGCCUACACCGCCACGCAGAAGACGGUGGACGGCCCCUCGGCCAAGGCGUGGCGCGACGGGCGCGGCGCCCACCAGAACAUCAUCCCCGCCUCCACCGGCGCCGCCAAGGCCGUCGGCAAGGUCAUCCCCGAGCUCAACGGGCGGCUGACGGGGAUGGCGUUCCGGGUGCCGGUGGCCGACGUGUCCGUCGUGGACCUCACGUGCCGCCUGGCCGCCCCGGCCACCUACGCCGAGGUGAAGGAAGCCGUGAGGGCGGCGGCGGCCGGGCCCCUGGCCGGGAUCCUGGCCUACACCGAGGACCAGGUGGUGUCGUCGGACUUCGUGGGCGACAGCCACUCGUCCAUCUUCGACGCCAGCGCCGGCAUCGCCCUCAGCGACAACUUCGUCAAGCUCAUCAGCUGGUACGACAACGAGUUCGGCUACAGCAACCGGGUGGCCGAUCUGCUGAGCCACAUGUUCUCCCGCGAGGACUGAGCGUCCCCGACGCGUCCCCGAGGUCCCCACGGGCGUCCCCAGCGCGUCCCCAACGUCCUCGAUGUCCCCAACACGUGUCCUCAAGGUCCCCGACCUCCACGACGUCCCCACGGGCACCUCCGACGUCCCCAACGCCUGUCCCCCAAGUCCCCGGGGGCGUCCCCCUGUCCCCAACGUCCCCCUGUCCCUGACGAGUGUCCCUGCAGCUGUCCCCACAGGCGUCCCCAUGUCCCCAAUGUCCCCACGGACGCCCCCGUGUCCCCAACAGCCUUGAUGUCCCCCACACGUGUCCCCAGCGUCCCCUGUGGGCAUCCCCGAUGUCCCCAACUCGUGUCCUCGUGUCCCCAAUGUCCCCCGUGUCCCCUGUUCGUGUCCCCAAUGUCCCCGUGGGCGUCCCCCACACGUGUCCCCAAACCUGCUCCGUGUCCCCGGCGCGUGGGCUGUGUCCCCUGCCGCUGUCCCGUGUCCCCCCGCCUCCCUGUGUCCCUGAACACGCGUCCUGUGUCCCCACCACGUGUCCCCGUGUCCCCCAGGCGUGUCCCGUGUCCCUGAACACGCGUCCUGUGUCCCCACCGCGUGUCCCCGUGUCCCCCAGGCGUGUCCCGUGUCCCUGAACACGCGUCCUGUGUCCCCACCGCGUGUCCCCGUGUCCCCCAGGCGUGUCCCGUGUCCCUGAACACGCGUCCUGUGUCCCCACCGCGUGUCCCCGUGUCCCCCAGGCGUGUCCCGUGUCCCUGAACACGUGUCCCCACGUGUCCCCGCCAUCUCCGUGGUCGCCCCCUGCUUCACUGCCCCCCCCCCCGGGGCUGGGUCCUGUGUCCCCACGCGUGUCCCACGCGUGUCCCACGCGUGUCCCAUGCGUGUCCCAUGUGUGUCCCAGUGUCCCCACACGUGUCCCACGCGUGUCCCAUGCGUGUCCCCGUGUCCCCACACGUGUCCCCGUGUCCCACGCGUGUCCCAUGCGUGUCCCCGUGUCCCCACACGUGUCCCACGCGUGUCCCAUGCGUGUCCCCGUGUCCCCACACGUGUCCCCGUGUCCCACGCGUGUCCCAUGCGUGUCCCAGUGUCCCCACACGUGUCCCACGCGUGUCCCAUGCGUGUCCCAGUGUCCCCACACGUGUCCCACGCGUGUCCCAUGCGUGUCCCAUGUGUGUCCCAGUGUCCCCACACGUGUCCCACGCGUGUCCCAUGCGUGUCCCCGUGUCCCCACACGUGUCCCCGUGUCCCCACACGUGUCCCAUGCGUGUCCCCGUGUCCCCACACGUGUCCCCGUGUCCCACGCGUGUCCCAUGCGUGUCCCAGUGUCCCCACACGUGUCCCCGUGUCCCCACACGUGUCCCAUGCGUGUCCCUGUGUCCCCACACGUGUCCCACACGUGUCCCCGGCCGCGUCACCGCCAUGUCGGCAAUAAACACUCCCACCGGA